AUGAGCAAAGCGCCAAAGAGGCGCGGCCUCUCGAUGGAGGAGAAGGUAUCGCGGGUCGAGGAGUGGUUCUUGGCUCACCCCACGCCUUACACGCUGAGGGAUUUGCUGCUGGUGCUGCCAAAGGCGACGGGCGUCAUUCCGCAGUCAAUCGAGGAAUGCCUGGAGCUCCUCGUCGCCGAGAGCCGCAUCCGUCAGAAGAAGAUCGGCGUCCACGUCCUCUUUUGGCGGUUUCCCAAGACGGCGGCGCAGCAGUUGGCCGCGGCGUUCGACACCGGCGGCAGUGGUGGGGCGGCGGCCGCAGCCAAAUACACGGGUAUGGGUUUGCCGCAGCUGCAGAAGGAGGUGCGGGCGUUGGAGGCGGAGGAGGCGGAAGCGCGUCGUCGCGUUCAGGGCGCGCGUGCGGAAAUCGGCGAUGCCGCGUCCGUGCAGCGCGACUCCAUGAAGGCGCGGCAGCUGCAGGAAGAAGUGAAGGCGCUGCGGGCGGAGCUGGGGAAAAUGGCGGCGUUUGAUCCAGCCAUGAUCGAGCGCGUGAAGGCCGCCACAACGGCGGCGUGGGAGGCAGCCAACAGGUGGACAGACAACUUGUACCUCCUGGAGCACCACAUCUCGCAGCGCAUGGGAGUAGCUCCGCGAGAGCUGCGCAUGCGGCUGCAGCUGCCUGCGGACGUUGAUUACGUCGAGUUCGACGAGUUGGCGCGCGACAACGACGGCAAGACAAAGGCCGCCACGACAGCUCCCGAGGGGGCGGCGGCGGCGGCGUCACCCCCGCGGGGCGCGGAGGAAGGCGUUGCGGGCGAGCCGGAGUCCCCGCCGCCACCCCCCGCGGCUGAAGCAGCGGACACGCCUGCGGCACUUGGCACAUGCAGCCCCCACGAGCGAGCCAAGCGGGGCAGGGGAGACGGCGUGGCGGCGGUGAGAGAGGGCCAGACAGGGGCGGCGAAGUGUCCGCGAAAAGAAGCCAAGGGGGACGCAGUGGGGCACGCCGCCGCUCGCCGUGGUAGGAAGAAGAAGGAGUCAUAG